GUGUCCUUAUCUCGUGAUUGUUGCCCGAGGGGGCCAAUCCCCGAAACGGAUGAUGGUAUCGUUCGUUUCCUGUUUGGGAUGGAGUUGUGAAACCGUCAAGAUGACACCAGCGCAGCCUAUCGUCGGCCGGGCUAGGGGAGAAGAGAUUGGGGCAGAAGGAGGAGGAGGAAGAGAAGGGCGAGCGGGAGACGUGGGUUUCAAUUAACCUGCUGCAAAGUGCCUUGGGCUUUUCCAUGAUUGUGCCUGAAAGCGCAGCCUAUCCUUCCCUCUCUUCCCCAGAAAGCUACCUUCACAACCUUGGUCCGAAUCGAUGGCAGCUACGGGGAGGGGAGGUGCUCAGGCCCUUCUUUUUUACUCUGUCAUUGUCCAUGUUCGCUGAUGCGGUUCUUGCAUAUGUAGUGGGCCGCCGGAAAUUUCGCCUCUUCAUUCCAUCAUAUAACGAACGCUCACCGAAGUUUGACCCCGUCUUUUUCCAGCACGAGCAUCAUACCCCCGAGGAAAGGAAAAAAAAAAGGCCAUGCGACCUGUUUGUUACACCGAUUGAUCCCAGUCUACCCGCCAAAAAAGAAAUAGGGCAUUCUGCCAGAGAGAAUGAUGUUGCAUGUCCUGUCCCUGAGAGGAAUGUCGUUCAUUUUUGGGCUAGGUGUCCCAGCGAGUGGCAGGAGGCGAUUUCGGUUGACCUUGUCGAGACAAUUGGGUAUUUUCCGGGGUAAAAUGGGGGAGGGGGGGUCUUUCAAGGUUACAGAAACAAGUGUGUAUAUGGAUGUGUGUGUGGUGUGUAGCUUCACGGCUACUCCCAAUGGACGAAAAGCAGGGAGAAACCCUGGUUUACUUUCUUAAGGUCGUGGACGAGCACCACCACCAC